AUGGCUAUUGGACAAGAUUUGCUGCUUGAAUGGAAGAAUUCCAAAAUCAUCGGGAUUAUUGGUCUUGGUGAUAUGGGUUUACUUUAUGCUAGAAGAUUUUCUCAAGAUGGUUGGAAAGUUGUUGGAUGUGAUCGUGAAGACCAAUUUGAAUCAACUAAGGCCAAAUAUAAGGAUGAACAAUUUGAAAUUUUAUUGAAUGGACAUCAUGUUUCAAGAGUUAGUGACUACGUGAUUUAUAGUGUUGAAGCUGAGAACAUUAAGAAUAUAGUUAAAGCUUAUGCCCCUUCAACAAAAGUUGGUGCUAUAGUAGGUGGUCAAACAAGUUGUAAAGGUCCAGAGAUUGAAGCAUUCGAAGAGUAUUUACCAAAAGAUGUUGAUAUUGUUAGUGUUCACUCUUUACAUGGACCAAAAGUUAAUACAACGGGUCAACCAUUGGUUAUUAUUAAUCAUAGAGCAUCACAGGAAUCAGUGAAUUUUGUGAAGUCUUUAGUAUCAUGUUUAAAGUCUAAAGUUGUUGAGUUGACGGCUGAUGAGCAUGAUAAGAUCACUGCUGAUACACAAGCUGUUACACAUGCAGCAUUUUUAAGUAUGGGUGUCGCAUGGCAUAAAAUGAAAUAUUAUCCAUGGAAAAGUACAAGAUGGAUUGGUGGAUUAGAAAACGCUAAAAUAAAUAUAUCAUUGAGAAUAUUUUCAAAUAAAUGGCAUGUUUAUGCGGGUUUAGCUAUAACGAAUCGCUCAGCUCACAAACAAAUCAUGCAAUAUUCACAAUCUGCAACUGAUCUAUUUAAACUUAUAAUUGAAGGUAAACAUGAUGAGUUAAGAGAAAGAUUAUAUAAAGCAAAAGAAUUUGUGUUUGGACAUUUAGGUGAAGAUCAUGAGCUGCUGUUGGAUGAUAAAUUAUUAGAGAAAUUUUCAUUAAAUAGAGAACCUCCAGGUCCACGUCAACCAAAUUCACACCUUUCAUUAUUAGCUAUUGUUGAUAGUUGGUAUCAACUUGGUAUAGUGCCAUAUGAUCAUAUGAUUUGUUCAACACCGUUGUUUAGAAUUUUAUUGGGUGUUUCAGAAUAUUUGUUUUGUACUCCAGGAUUAUUAGAAAGUGCAUUGAGUGAAGGUGUCACAGAAACUGCAUUUAGACCAGAUGAUUUGGAAUUUACUAUAUCCGCUAGAAAUUGGAGUAACUUAGUUUCAUUUGGUGAUUUCCAAUUAUAUCGUCGUGAAUUUGAAGCAACACAAGAAUUUUUUGCACCAAAUUUUGAGGAAGCUACUAAGUUGGGUAAUGACAUGAUUAAAACCAUCUUGAGCCAUAAAGGGGCGGACAAACAAUAA